AUGAAACAAAAGCUUGCCAGUGCUGAUGAUAUUCAAGAACCAUCAAACAUCGCCAGCAGUCCCAUGUUGAAUCCGCUUACCAGCAUUAGUGCCAAAUCUCCUUUAAAGCCAACCAGCCAGAGUCAAAUAAAUUCCUCCGCCUUUCCCGCUUCGAGUCAUAAUAAAAGUCUGAAAAAUGAUCUCGAUCUUCAUAAAUCCCACGAAAUCCUCAAUGAUGAGUUAAAAAUACUGAAUUUGCUCAAACUACAAAAAGAAUCACAAAUAAAUACAUCUAAAAAAUUAAAAGAGACUGAUCUUGAGCAGAGCACAGAGAACUUUGCUGUCCCUAUUUUGGUUAAAGAACGAGAUUCGAUUUCCAUUAAUUCUUAUUUCUCGAACUCUUCAUCAAGUAUUUCCGAAAGAAACGAUGCAGAUGACAACGAUAUGGAAAUGAGCCACAUUUUUGAAAAAAAUGUGAUUGAAAGAUUUACCGGAAGACCAGAACAAGAUUUGGAGAUGAUGGAUGUGGCAAAUGGUCAGAUAAUGGAGAACGAUUUGCACGUAUGCUCAAAAUUUGAAAAACUAAAACGAAUCAAGAGCAAAAAAAUUUCUUAUAAUGAAGAUAGUUUCAAAAGUGAUGAUUUUAAUGAUCGUGAUGAUUUUAAUGAUCGUGAUGAUAUCCCGGUUGACAUGACAGGGCCAGAGCUGUACACAAUGGCAGAAUAUAUUGAGCUCUAUAAUGACUUACUUUUAAAAUCUCUUGAAGACAAAGUGAAUAAUCAAGGGCAUAAUAAUAAUAAUGACAUUAGUAAGAAACUAAUCUGA